AUGGCCACAGAAGAACAAGCUAUGUUUUUUGCUAAGGCAGACAAAUAUCUGAUGCGAACAGGGGUUCCUUUUUCUCCCACAAUCAUCGUAAAGGCCAAAGGGAUUCGACUCUUCGAUGUCAACAAUAGGCAGAUCCUUGACUUCACGUCUGGUCAAAUGAGUUCUCUGCUGGGUCAUUCUCACCCCGAAAUCAUCGAAGUGGUUCGAAAGUACGUUGCGGAGCUUGAUCAUCUCCUAAGUAAUAUGAUCACUCAUCCCGUCGUGGACUUGGCCGAACGCCUAUCUCGUUUUCUUCCUCUGCCUCUAGAGAAAUCUUUCUUCCUUAAUACCGGUUCCGAGUCAACCGAAGCGGCCAUCAAAAUCGCUAAAUUAUACACCGGAAGAUUCGAAAUUGUCGCCUUCGCUGCCAGUUACCAUGGCCUGACCCAAGGCUCAGGCUCUGCAACGUAUUCAGCUGGAAGAAGGAACGGUGGCCCAUGUAUACCAGGCCAGCUUGCGUUUCCAGCGCCGUACGGCUAUCGAUCCCCUUUCCGUAAGCCCGAUGGUUCCUACGACUGGGAAGCAGAAAUGGAUUUUGGCUGGUCUAUGAUUGACUGCCAAAGCGUUGGAUCUCUGGCUGCUUUCAUCAUGGAGCCCAUCCUUUCCACCGGAGGUAUCCUUGAGCCACCUCAUGGGUAUCUUCAGCGCAUGAGCAUUGAGUGUAAGAAGCGUGGGAUGCUUAUCAUUAUGGAUGAAGCUCAAACCGGAGUAGGCCGCACUGGCCGAAUGUUUGCUUUUGAACACGGCAAUAUUGUACCCGAUAUCCUUGCACUAUCGAAAACCCUUGGAUGUGGCCUUCCCUUGGCUUCAGUUAGUACUACCGCGGAGAUUGAGCGUGGUUGUAAAGAAGCAGGGUUUUUGUGGCUUACCACUCAUUUGAAUGAUCCUCUCACUGCUGCAGUGGGCAAUAAAGUUUUGGAAAUCGUGGAGCGGGAUAAUAUCUGUGAGGCAGCAGCUGAGCAUGGUGCGCAGCUGAGGGAAGGUCUACUUAGGCUUCAGAAGAAGUAUUGGUGUAUUGGGGACGUCCGCGGCCGUGGAUUACUACAAGGUAUUGAAAUUAUAUCAGACGCUAAGAGUAAAGCUCCUGGUAUAGAGUUGGGUCAGGCUGUCUGUGACAGGGCUUUAACCUGCGGCCUUUCUUGUAACGUUGUCAAUCUUCCUGGAAUGGGUGGUGUAUUUCGUCUGGCGCCGCCUGUUACCGUAUCUGCCGAGGAGAUUGAGGAGGGUCUUGAGAUUUUAGAUAAAUCUUUUGACUUUGUACUUCAACAAAAGCUGCACUGA